AUGUUGCGACAGUUUUAUCUCUGGAAAUGUUUGGCUUCAGGGAUUAUCCUUGGCCCUCUCUUCACAAUCUCCUUGGGCCAGUACGACGAUGACUGGCAAUAUGAGGAUUGCAAACUAGCUAGGGGAGGACCACCAGCUACUAUAGUUGCUAUCGAUGAAGAGAGUCGGAAUGGUACGAUUAUAGUGGACAAUAUGAUGAUCAAAGGGACAGCCGGAGGACCAAAUCCCACUAUAGAACUCUCUUUAAAGGACAACGUGGAUUACUGGGUGUUGUUGGAUCCUGUUAAGCAAAUGCUUUUCCUGAACAGCACAGGCAGAGUUCUGGAUAGAGAUCCACCAAUGAACAUCCACUCUCUCGUGGUACAAGUCCAGUGCAUCAACAAAAAAGUCGGCACUGUUAUCUACCAUGAAGUGCGAAUCGUGGUGAGAGACAGGAAUGACAACUCACCCACGUUCAAGCAUGAGAGCUACUAUGCCACUGUGAAUGAGCUCACUCCAGUUGGCACCACGGUAUUUACAGGAUUUUCAGGAGACAAUGGAGCUACAGACAUAGAUGAUGGCCCCAAUGGACAGAUAGAAUAUGUUAUCCAAUAUAAUCCAGAUGAUCCGACGUCCAACGACACCUUUGAAAUUCCCCUCAUGCUGACGGGAAAUGUAAUGUUAAGGAAGAGGCUCAACUAUGAAGAUAAGACUCGCUACUUUGUCAUCAUCCAAGCUAAUGACCGUGCACAAAAUCUGAAUGAACGACGAACCACCACCACCACCCUCACGGUGGAUAUUCUGGAUGGAGAUGACUUGGGGCCAAUGUUUCUUCCUUGUGUUCUCGUGCCAAACACUCGUGAUUGUCGCCCAAUCACCUAUCAAGCCGCCAUCCCAGAGUUGAGAUCUCCGGAAGAGCUGAACCCCAUCAUUGUUACCCCACCUAUUGAAGCCAUUGAUCAGGACCAGAAUAUCCAGCCACCAUCAGAUCGGCCAGGCAUCCUGUAUUCCAUCCUUGUUGGGACCCCUGAGGAUUACCCACGAUUUUUCCAUAUGCAUCCUAAGACUGCAGAACUUAGUCUCCUGGAGCCAGUAAACAGAGACUUUCACCAGAAAUUUGAUUUAGUGAUUAAGGCAGAACAAGACAAUGGUCAUCCUCUUCCUGCCUUUGCCAGUCUACAUAUUGAAAUAUUGGAUGAAAACAAUCAGAGCCCGUAUUUCACAAUGCCCAGUUAUCAAGGCUAUAUCCUGGAAUCUGCCCCAGUGGGAUCAACCAUUUCUGACAGUCUAAAUUUGACCACCCCUCUAAGAAUUGUAGUUCUGGACAAAGACAUAGAAGAUACAAAAGAUCCAGAGGUUCACCUUUUUCUGAAUGAUUACACCUCAGUCUUCACCGUCACACAGACUGGUAUCACUCGCUACCUCACCUUACUUCAGCCAGUGGACAGGGAAGAACAGCAAACUUACACCUUUUCGAUAACAGCAUUUGAUGGUGUACAAGAAAGCAAACCAGUUAUCAUCAAUAUUCGAGUGAUGGAUGCAAAUGACAACACCCCAACCUUCCCUGAAAUAUCCUAUGAUGUCUAUGUUUACACAGACAUGAGCCCCGGGGACAGUGUCCUACAGCUCACUGCAAUUGACGCGGAUGAAGGGUCAAAUGGGGAGAUCACAUAUGAAAUCCUGGUUGGGGCUCAGGGAGACUUCAUCAUCAAUAAAACAACAGGGCUUAUCACCAUCGCUCCAGAGGUGGACUUGAUAGUCGGGAGGACUUAUGCGCUCACUGUCCAAGCAGCAGAUAAUGCUCCUCCUGCAGAGAGAAGGCACUCCAUCUGCACUGUGUACAUUGAAGUGCUUCCUCCAAAUAACCAAAGCCCUCCCCGCUUCCCACAGCUGAUGUAUAGCCUUGAAAUCAGUGAAGCCAUGAGGAUUGGUGCUGUUUUAUUAAAUCUACAGGCAACUGAUCGAGAGGGAGACCCAAUAACAUAUGCCAUUGAGAAUGGAGAUCCUCAGCGAGUUUUUAAUCUUUCAGAAACUACUGGACUUCUAAGCUUAGGAAAAGCACUGGACAGGGAGAGCACCGAUCGCUAUAUUCUGAUCGUGACGGCUUCAGAUGGCAGGCCAGACGGGACCUCAACUGCCACAGUAAAUGUGGUGGUGACUGAUGUCAAUGACAAUGCUCCCGUGUUUGAUCCUUAUCUGCCUAGAAAUUUGUCUGUGGUGGAGGAAGAAGCCAAUGCCUUUGUGGGUCAAGUAAGGGCAACAGACCCAGAUGCUGGAAUAAAUGGCCAAGUGUACUAUAGUUUGGGUAACUUCAAUAAUCUUUUUCGCAUUACAUCUAAUGGGAGCAUUUACACAGCAGUGAAACUUAACAGAGAAGUCAGGGACUACUAUGAACUUGUUGUUGUGGCAACUGAUGGAGCGGUACACCCUCGUCAUUCAACCCUAACGCUGGCUAUCAAGGUUUUGGAUAUUGACGAUAAUAGUCCCGUGUUCACCAAUUCAACUUACACUGUCAUCGUUGAAGAAAAUCUGCCAGCUGGGACCACCUUCCUUCGAAUAGAGGCCAAAGAUGUUGACCUUGGAGCAAAUGUGUCUUAUCGGAUAAGAGGCCCAGAAGUGAAGCACUUUUUUGCACUACAUCCAUUUACAGGAGAACUAUCCCUUUUAAGGAGUUUGGACUAUGAGGCAUUUCCAGGACAAGAAGCAACUAUCACUUUUCUGGUGGAGGCCUUUGAUAUUUAUGGAACAAUGCCACCUGGUAUUGCUACUGUCACAGUGAUAGUGAAGGAUAUGAACGAUUAUCCUCCAGUGUUUAGUAAACGAAUCUAUAAAGGGAUGGUGGCACCAGACGCAGUCAAGGGUACACCUAUCACAACCGUUUAUGCUGAAGAUGCAGACCCUCCGGGAUUACCUGCAAGCCGUGUGAGGUAUAGAGUAGAUGAUGUUCAGUUUCCUUACCCUGCCAGUAUUUUUGAUGUAGAAGAAGAUUCUGGACUGGUAAUAACUCGAGUCAAUCUUAAUGAAGAACCUACUACAAUUUUUAAGUUGGUGGUUGUUGCUUUCGAUGAUGGUGAGCCAGUGAUGUCCAGCAGUGCCACGGUGAAAAUUCUUGUCUUACAUCCUGGAGAAAUCCCACACUUCACACAAGAGGAGUAUAGACCUCCUCCAGUAAGUGAACUUGCAACCAAAGGGACCGUGGUUGGUGUAAUUUCUGCUGCUGCCAUCAAUCAGAGUAUUGUAUACUCCAUUGUUUCAGGAAACGAAGAGGGUGCGUUUGGAAUCAAUAACAUCACAGGUGUUAUUUAUGUAAAAGCUCCUCUGGACUAUGAGACAAAGACAAGCUACGUACUUCGAGUCCAGGCUGAUUCCCUGGAAGUGGUCCUAGCCAAUCUCCGAGUUCCUUCAAAAAGCAAUACAGCCAAAGUGUACAUUGAGAUUCAGGAUGAAAAUGAUCAUCCCCCAGUGUUUUCAAAAAAAUUCUACAUUGGAGGUGUAUCAGAAGAUGCAAGAAUGUUUACCUCUGUGCUGAAAGUACAGGCUACUGAUGUAGAUACCGGCAAUUAUAGUGCCAUGGCCUACAGACUCAUAAUACCACCAAUUAAAGAGGGAAAAGAAGGAUUUGUGGUGGAAACAUAUACCGGGCUUAUCAAAACUGCUAUGCUCUUCCAUAAUAUGAGGAGAUCGUACUUCAAGUUUCAAGUCAUCGCAACUGACGACUAUGGGAAGGGACUAAGCAGCAAAGCAGACGUACUUGUCUCUGUGGUCAACCAGCUAGAUAUGCAAGUCAUUGUUUCUAAUGUGCCCCCUACUCUGGUGGAAAAAAAGAUAGAAGAUCUUACAGAAAUUUUGGAUCACUAUGUUCAGGAGCAAAUACCUGGUGCCAAGGUUGUGGUGGAGUCCAUUGGUGCUCGCCGGCAUGGAGAUGCCUUUUCUUUAGAAGAUUACACAAAAUGUGAUUUGACUGUCUAUGCAAUCGACCCCCAAACUAACAGAGCCAUCGAUAGAAAUGAGCUUUUUAAAUUUUUGGAUGGCAAACUGCUUGAUAUCAAUAAAGACUUUCAGCCGUAUUAUGGGGAAGGAGGACGCAUUCUGGAGAUCCGGACUCCGGAGGCAGUGACCAGCAUUAAAAAACGAGGAGAAAGUCUAGGCUACACAGAGGGUGCCUUGCUGGCUCUGGCCUUCAUCAUCAUCCUCUGCUGUAUUCCUGCCAUCUUGGUGGUUUUGGUCAGCUACAGACAGUUUAAAGUACGCCAAGCUGAGUGCACCAAGACAGCGCGAAUCCAGUCCGCUUUACCUGCAGCCAAACCAGCAGCGCCUGCCCCGGCUCCAGUGGCUGCCCCCCCACCGCCGCCCCCACCUCCGGGGGCGCAUCUCUAUGAAGAACUUGGGGACAGCACAAUGCAUAAUCUUUUCCUUCUCUACCAUUUUCAACAAAGCAGGGGAAAUAAGUCAGUCACAGAAGACAGGAAACAUCAGCAAGUUGUGACACCCUUUUCGUCCUGUACUAUUGAGGCUCACAAGCCGGCUCAUAUAAAAGGAUCAUUUAAAAAUAACCAGCCCAAGUCUGCAAGAAAAUUCACAUUUCUAUCUGAUGAGGACCGCUUAAGUACUCACAAUCCCCUUUAUGUGGAAAAUGUAGUUCAAAGAUCAAUACAUUCAGACUUAUCACUAAAAGCAGAUUUUGUAGAUCCAUUUUUGCCCAAAAGACGAGCCAAGACUGAGUCUUUGAGGGGCCCAAGACAAAACAUUCAGAGGAUGUGGAACCAGUCAGUCUCCUUACCUGGGAGAUUAAUUCGGGGAGUAUCAAACAGACCAGAAACCAUAGAUCUGAGGCAAUGGCCAAUCAACAGGCAGAAAGCUGAAAAUGAAAGCAGUAGGAACUAUUCAAAAAGAGGGAACAGCAAUACCUCAGUUACAGCUGAAGAUAUACAUUUAAAAGAGAAAGGAGAAAUAAGGCAAAUUGAAUCACCAGUUACACAAGGAGCUGUUCAAUUGAAGCCUCAAUCUUCAGACUCUUCAUUUUCCCCUCUUUGGCCUCACUCCUCAUUCUCCACUUUGCCAACUGUUUCAAAAACUGUGGCCCUCAAAUCAGAACCUACUGUCGUCAUUCCUCGUGCUGACUGCUCCUUGGAACUUUCUCCUUCAAUGCCUUGCAUUUUAAAUUCUCCACAGUUUAGGAGAGAGACAGCCACUAUUGAAACCAGAAAGAAUAUUUUUGAAAAUCUUCCCCAUCCACCAAACAUCCCUCCUCCUCCUCCUGCUCCUUCUCUUUUCUUCAAUCCUUGUUUUUCUCUUUCUUGUCCUCCUCUUUCUGCUCCUCACCUUUCUCCUCCUCCUUCUCCACCUCUUUCACUUUCUGAUCUUCUGUCUUCUGCCCCUCCGUUUUCUUCUCUUCCUUCUCCAUCUCUUCUACCUUCAUGCCCUUCUCUUCCUCCUUCUCUCCCUCCACCAACUCCUCCCUUUCCUUCCCUACCCUCUCCACUUCCUACUGCACAAUGUUCUUCAGCUUCAGUUUCAUCCACAGAGUGUACUUGUAUACCAGUUUUCAACCGCACUGUCAACCUGACACCUGCUGAGAAAGUUCAAUCCUCUGUUUCACAACUAUCAUCAUCAACAGUGGGUGAUGCAGACGCUCAAAGAGAACCAAAAGGCGUCCUCAAACAUAUUAAAAACUUACCAGAAAUUGAAAAGUCAGUGGCUGAUAUGUACGGUCAAAUAAAAAAAAACUAUCCACCUGCAGAUAUCUCAAAACUUCAACUUCUUUGCCCUUCAGAGGUAACAAAUAUGGACACCACAUGUGAACAAUACCAGGAGAAUGUGAACGGUAUUGUUGAGGGAUCGGAAAAACAAUCUCACCAUCAGUCUACUUCACUGUAAUGUUACUUUUCCUAUUUAAUUGAGCAACUCUUUUGUUGGCCAUAAUUC